GGCCAGAUAUUUUUAGGUCUCUCCGAAGAUGAGUAAUUUCUCUGACUUGCAGCCAAGGCUGGGGUUGGGGGUGAAAGACGGGAGGGAGGUGUCCCGGACUGCCCUGAGGACACCCGGGUCACUGGGGUCAUCUCCCUGGAAGUCCCUCUUAGCUCUAGCUUACAACCUCUGGGAGGCCUAAUUUUGGGCCUGCAACUCCCUUCUCCCCCAGAGACCCAGGACCCCCUAGUUUCUUCCUCCCAGCUUAACUCUCCUCAAGGACAAGAACCCAUGGGCCCCAAUCCGCUUUAGCAUCAGAUUAAACGCUCCGGCUAACGGAGACCGAGAAAGACAGGGAUGGAGAGACCCAGGCUGGAGGAAUAAACACCCAAAGAGAGAGGAUAGAGACCCAAAAGGGGAGAGUCUGGGACCCCAGAGAGGGGGCCAGAGACCCCGAGAGAGGCGUUGAUCGACAUCCAGUGAGAGCAAAGGCCGGAGAAUCCGGGAGAGGGCAGAGGCUUGGAGGUAAAGGGGAAUAGAGACCUAGAGAAAGGAGUGCGGGGGCCCGGAGAAAGGACGCAGGGAGAAGACAGGUGAACAGAGUCCCAGAAGUGGGACAGGCUUCAGCACCCGGAGAGAGGGGAACCUACAGGCCCAGAGAAAAGGGGAGAACCUGGAGGGGGGAGAGAUGAAGAAAAAUAAACCAGAUGAUGAGCAAGAUCGAACCAGGGAGAGCAGCGCCGUCGGAGGCGGAGGGAGAAACUGAGCAGAUGGGUGGACCCCCGGCCCCCCCCAUCCACUGGUAUCAUCGCCGGUGCGUCUAUCGGUCUGUGCCCAGCCCGCCCUUUGCUCUGGAGAGGGCGGUUCCACCCUUUGGACCUCAAGGUUUCCUUGGGCAGAGCGCCCGGCAGACGGUGGAAAGUGGUCUGGACUGGUGAUGGCUGCCACGCGCGCAGAGUCCCGCGCGCGAGAGAUCUUCACCACGCUGGAGUACGGACCGGUGCCGGAGAGCCACGCAUGCGUGCUGGCCUGGCUGGACACCCAGGACCGGUGCUUGGGUCACUAUGUAGACGGAAAGUGGCUAAAACCGGAGCACAGGGACUCGUUGCCCUGCCAGGAUCCUGUCACAGGGGAGCACUUGGCCAGCUGCCUGCAGGCCCAGCCUGAGGAUGUGGCGGCGGCGGCAGAGGCAGCCAGAACCGCGCUGGAGAGCUGGAGUGGACUCCCUGGGGCCUCCCGGGCCCAGCACCUGACCAGGCUGGCCAAGAUGAUCCAGAAGCACCAGCGGCUGCUCUGGACCCUGGAGUCCCUGGUUACUGGGCGGGCUGUCAGAGAGGUUCGAGACAGGGAUAUCCCCCUGGCCCUACAGCUGCUCCAGUACCAUGCAAUUCAGGCACACAGCCAGGAAGAGGCGCUGGCAGGCUGGGAGCCCAUGGGAGUGGUUGGUCUCAUCUUGCCGCCCACGUUCUCCCUCCUUGAGAUGAUGUGGCGGAUUUGCCCUGCUCUGGCUGUAGGCUGCACUGUGGUGGUCCUCGUGCCCCCAGCCUCCCCGACGCCCCUCCUCCUGGCCCAGCUGGCAGGGGAACUAGGCCCUUUCCCAGGAAUCCUCAACGUGCUCAGCGGCCCCACCUCCCUGGUACCUGUCCUGGCCGGCCAGCCUGGAGUCCAGAAGGUGGCCUUCUGCGGAUCAGUGGAGGAAGGACGCGUCCUGCAGAGGACCCUGGCAGGCGUGGGGCCUGAGCUGGGCCUGGCACUGGGGGCCGAGUCGCUGCUGCUGCUGACGGAGGCGGCGGACGUGGACUCAGCCGUGGAGGGUGUCGUGGAUGCAGCCUGGUCCGACCGCAGCCCGGGGGGCCUCAGGCUUCUUGUCCAGGAGUCCGUGUGGGAGGAGACGAUGAGGCGGCUGCAGGCGCGGAUGGAGCGGCUUCGGGGAGGCCGAGGGCUGGACGGGGCCGUGGACAUGGGCACCCGAGGGGCCGCUGCGCGUGACCUGGCCCAGCACUACGUGCGAGAGGCCCAGAGCCAGGGCGCACAGGUGUUCCAGGCUGGUGACGUGCCCUCCGACAGCCCAUUCUUUCCCCCCACCUUGGUCUCCGACCUUCCCCCAGCCGCCCCAGGCACCCAGGCAGAGGUGCCGUGGCCUGUGGUCGUGGCCUCCCCAUUCCGCACGGCCAAGGAGGCGCUGGCCAUGGCCAACGGGACACCGCGAGGCGGCAGCGCCAGCGUGUGGAGCGAGAGGCUGGGGCAGGCCCUGGAGCUGGGCUACGGGCUGCAGGUGGGCACCGUCUGGGUCAACGCCCACGGUCUCAGAGACCCGGCGGUACCCACAGGUGGCUGUAGGGAGAGCGGGUCAUCCCGGCACGGCGGCCUAGAUGGUCUCUAUGAGUACCUGCGACCCUCGGGGACCCCUGCCCGGCUGCCCUACCGUUCUGAGAAUCUGAACUAUGAGACCUUUGGCCUUGCUGUCCCCUCGACCCUACCAGCUGGGCCUGAAACAGGUCCCAGCCCAGCACCCCCGUAUGGGCUUUUUGUGGCCGGCCGUUUCCAGGCUCCUGGGGCCCGGAGUUCCAGGCCCAUCCAGGAUUCACAGGGCAAACUCCAUGGCUAUGUGGCCGAGGGUGGAGCCAAGGAUGUCCGAGGUGCCGUGGAGGCGGCUCACCAGGCUGCACCUGGCUGGGUGGGCCAGUCACCGGGAGCCCGGGCAGCCCUGCUAUGGGCGCUGGCAGCCGCCCUGGAGCGCCGGGAGCCCACCUUGGCCUUGAGGCUGGAGAGGCACGGAGUGGAGCCCAAGGCUGCCAAGGCGGAGGUGAAGCUGAGCGUGAGGCGGCUUCGGGACUGGGGCGCUCGCGCACAGGCGCAGAACCACAGCCUACAGGUAGCUGAGCUGAGAGGUCCUGUGCUCCGACUGCGGGAGCCGCUGGGCGUUCUGGGUGUCGUGUGCCCGGAUGAGCGCCCCCUGCUGGCCUUCAUGUCCCUGCUGGCCCCUACCUUGGCGCUUGGCAACACUGUGGUCUUGGUGCCCAGCAGGACCUGUCCUAUCCCUGCCUUGGACGUCUGCCAGGAUAUGGCCACCUUGCUGCCAGCAGGCGUGGUGAAUGUGGUGACGGGGGACCAGGACCACCUGGCCCGCUGCCUGGCCUUGCACCAGGACGUCCAGGCGCUGUGGUAUUUCGGGUCUGCCCAGGGCUCCCAGUUCUCGGAGUGGGCCUCCGCGGGAAACCUGAAGCCGGUGUGGGUGAGCAGGGGCUGCCCCCGGGCCUGGGAGCAGGAGGCUGCAGGGGCAGGCCCCGAGCUCGAACUGCGCGCGGCCCGGACCAAGGCCCUGUGGCUGCCCAUGGGCGACUGACGCAUGCAUGCCACCCGCUCCAUCUCAGACGGAGAAGAGCUGGACCCCGGCAAGACUCCAGAUGUCUGGAACUUCCCUCUCCCUCUGAUUUCUGUGCCCUCAAAUAAACUCUGACCCAUACUGGCUGUGCUUCUGAGGGAGGGAGCGAGCA